AUGCUACACCGACUGCUAGCCAUCGUCCUCUUGUCUGCAGCGCGGGCGCAGACCUGCGGCGAGGAUGACCAGACCUGCCAACAGCCUGGCAAUCUCGGCGAAGAGGGAACGUUCAUGCAGGUGCGCGUCGCUGACGAAUCUGUCGACGGAUCGACCGAAGGAUCCCAGACGAACACAUCUAUGGCAAGCUACGUGGAAAAGGUCCUAGGCAAAGUCACGGCUCUCGGUGGCAGCCACCAGAACAACGUGGAGCUCGCUAAGGAUGAGGUCCGCAACCUCGCCAUUCAACUGGCAGCAGAUCCCGACUACACCGUCUUCAACGUGAGCCAGUCCAACAUGCACGAUGCCUUUGAGAGGAUCAUCGCAGAGAUGGAAGAGAUCAUCAACGACACCUUGGUGUCCUUGGACAAGGACCACAAGGAGUUCGACAUCAUGAUUGAUAAUAUCCUCAAGUGCGGUGUGAAUCUCAAAGCCAGCAAUGUGAGCGACUUCUCAGUGCCGUUGUACUUCGACAAUGCCAUUGACUGUGCCAGCUCCGUUGCGGCUGUUAUUGCCAAGUAUCAGGCGUGCGACAGGACACAGCUGACAUAUGCGACCAAGGAACUUAUCCUCAAGUCCAACUCAAGCCGCCACGUGGCCUUCAUCGCUGCCAGGCAAGUGCAAUGCUACAUCCGCGUGCUGCAGUCGGACAACCUCACAAUGGCCGCAAUCGAGGCCUGCGAUUACAAGCUGGUCGACACGUCUCCCCUGGCUUUGACCGUGCCCACAAUUCCCCCCAAGCCCGCCUGCGACGUCUCCCUCGUGGCAGAGCACCCGUGUGGCACAGCGUGGCUCACCAAGAACUACCAGGACGUCACUAAGUACUGGGUUGCAGAGCAAAUUGCCCACGCGACUUGUGGCGGGCUCAGCACAGUAUGA